UCUAUGUUUUAAAAAUAUAAAAUUAACAACAAACGAUUUUUUCGGGUGUGGUUAUCUUGUUGGAAUAAAAUGUAUUUCUUGUGUAAAAAGCUUUAUUAAGAACUUAUUAACCGCAACCCUUCAAUACUUAUCUUUUAACUAUAGUAGUAAAAUGAAUCUCCCCUAUUUUUCCACACUUUUAGCUCUACUUGUCGCUCAUGCAAGCUGUAGUUACUUGGAUGCCGUGGGCAACAGCGUAACGGAACCCUCAGUGGAGGGGCAGGAUGUCCUCUCGUGGUGCACCAAGUCGGUCCUAGAACAGCAGAAAUGCGAGAAGCUGGCUGCAGCAGUGCUACUUGACAAGGGACUGUUUGGCCGGGACUUUAUUGAGAUAAAGUGCAAACAGGCAUUUGACACAGAAGAGUGCAUGACCUGGGUGGACCGCGGCGAGGCAUCCCUCGUGGCACUUGACGCUGGGGAUGUGUAUGUCGCCGGGCGGUUCCACUCACUGGUGCCUAUUGUGCAGGAGUUGUAUGGACGCGGUGAGUCCUACCAAUACUCAGUGGCAGUCAUCAACAAGGGUGGUCUACCUCAAGUUCAGGGCAGCUUGCAUGCACUCCGUGGGGUGCGAGCCUGCUUCCCCGGCGUCGGGGCGCUGGCCGGAUGGGUCAUGCCGAUACAUGUAUUGAUGCAAGAAGGCGGUCUGAAGGUGACGGACUGCAACAACCACGUCAAGUCCGCCAUCAGCUACUUCGGCGACUCGUGCGCGCCCAACUCGCUCAAGGACAUGUACAACCCUAUUGGGGAUAAUUCUGACCAACUAUGCCGCCUCUGCGCAGGCGGCGCGGGCAUUCGCUGCACUCUCCAAGACCCUUACGCGGGCUACGAGGGCGCGCUGCGCUGCCUCGUCGCCAACGCGUCCGGGGAGAUCGCCUUCGUGAAGGACACCACCAUACAGCACGCGCUGCUGUCUAGGAGGAUACUGGGUGGUAUAACAGAAGACCACUUCGAGCUGCUCUGCCGCGACGGCUCCCGGCGCCCCGUCAACCAGUGGGAGGGCUGCAACUGGGGCCGCGUGCCGGCCGACGCGCUGGUCACCAGCAGCGCCGCGUCCCUCAGACAACGGGAGAGAUACCAGAACAUUCUAAAGAAACUGAUCACGCUCUACGGAGAGCCGAACUCUCUGAACAAGAACUCGAACCGGACGUCCGAUUACCAGAGCCGGUUGUACGAUCAAUACGGCAACGUGCAGUCGACGACGGAGUUCAACCGGUUUGCGUACGAUCCGUUCAAACGGAAUGAUAUACAGCAGAGUGGUUACAACAGGCAGGAGUAUGAGGUUGAUAUGAAUGGAGUAAGCACAGCGGCGCCAUUCAAGAUGCGAGUGGACGGGAACGGGAAGCCGAUAGAGUUGCCCUUCAAACUGUUCGAGUCCAACGGGACUACCGACCUUUUGCUGCAGGACGCCACAAUAAACUUCCGCAUACUCAAAGAAGAUGAGCAAUCCGCCAAGCACAUCCUCAACAACCAGUACGUGGGCAACCAAGCAGAGCGAGCGGUCACCGGCAUCCGAGACUGCCCCGUGAAGCGAGCCGUGCUGUGUGUGACUAGCGACCCGGAGAUGGACAAGUGUAUUAAAAUGAGGGUGGCGCUAAAAGCGGCGUACCUCUCCCCAACCCUGGUCUGCUGGCGCGGCCACUCGGCGCGGCACUGCGCGCGCGCCAUCGCGGACGGCGCGAGCGACUUCGCGCUGCUGGACCCCGCCGACAUGCUGCACGCCGCCGCCGCGCACCGCCUCGCGCCCUUCAUGCAGGAGGUAUACUCAAGCGGCGAUAACUGGUACUACGCCGUCGCGGUCGCCAAAGAGCAAGACCCGGACACAGACGUGACAUACCUGCGAGGCAAGCGCUCCUGCCACACGGGCAUCGGCCACGCGGCCGGCUGGCUCUACCCGCUCGCUUACAUGAUCUCUAACGGAUGGAUCAGAUCGUACGGCUGCGACGGAGCCCACGCGGCCUCUCAAUACUUCAGCAAGUCGUGCGCCCCCGGCGCGCUCAGCAGCGAAUAUGUCGACUCCAAUAGCGUGCCUCACGAGAACCUGUGCCAUCUGUGUCAUGGAGCCUCCUUCAGACGCUGCCGCCGCGACGCAUCCGAACCCUACUACGGGCACCUGGGCGCGGUCCGCUGUAUGGUGGAGGGCGGCGGCGACGUGGCCUUCGUCAGACACACCGCCCCGGCCGAGGCUUCGGGCGGGCGGCGAAGAGAGUGGUGGGCGCGGGACUUACUACCGGACGAUCUACAGCUACUCUGUGCCGAUGGCACCCGCGCCAAAAUGCACGAGUACAAGACGUGCAAUCUCGGCAAAGUCCCGGGCUCCGUGCUGAUGGGCCGCCCCAACCACACCGAGCUGGACACCUACUCCAACCUGAUGGUCUACACGCAGCAGCUGUACGGGGCGUCCAGGACUGAUGAUUUUAGCUUCAGCAUGUUCUACUCGCCGCCGCCCUACUCCGACCUCAUAUUCAGCGACGCGGCCGUCCGACUCAUGCCGCUGCCUCACUCUCAACGCUCGGCCGACAUCGUGGCUGGCACCGCCUUGAUCAGAGCUGCCAGGAUAGUCUCCUGUGACGCCCCACAAGCCUCGUACUAUAUAGCCUCUGAUCCGGACUUCUUGUCUGGAGCGUAUAAGACCGGUGUGGUCGGACAUUUGAUCGCGGUGGCGCUGUUUUGUGUAGCGUUCGUCCGCUAAGCUAUAAGUCGUCAGUUUAGAUCAGGCAACUUUUAAAUUUUAUUAUUGGCAAUGAAGAAGUGGUAGGAGCUAAUUAAUAAUUGACACAAAUACCUUGAAAAAUUUUGAUUGAGUGAAAUUUUAAUGUGCGUGUGUAAUCUUUGGAAUACCAGUAUUGUUUUAAUUUUACAUACAUAUAUACAUUAAAAAUAAUUAUGAUUCUAGAUUAGCUCAGUCUGGCAGAGUGUGUACAUUAUGGAUAUGUAGUGUGUAAGAUGUUGCGUCCAAUUAAUAUUUUGCUUCGAUGCAAAUAAAUAAUCAUGAUGAACUUAAGACAUAGAAUCUCAUAGUAAAUCUAUCCGUCCAAGGAAUGCCUUUAUAGAAUAUGUAAGUAUAUUUAGUAGAAUUAAGAUAAAUUGACAAAUUCUUUUAAUAUUUUAAUUUUCAAUGUACCUACCUUAGACUGUAUUACUUUUACAUAUUGUAUGUUCUUUUUAUACCUUUGUUUUACCCGAUCUAUUUUAUAAUUAUAAUUUAAAUACCUACUAAGUUAAGACAUGAACAUUCAAAUAAAACCGUGCCUUAAUUUU